AUUGAUAGGUAUGCCAAAGGAAAAAUAUGAUCCUCCAGAUCCCCGCAGAUGUUACACCAUCAUGCCAGCGGAGGAGGUGGCCAAUGGGAAGAAGUCUUACUGGGCCGAGCUCGAGAUUUCUGGACGGGUGAGGAGCCUGAGCCCCUCGUUAUGGACCCUCACCCACCUGACGGCAUUGCACAUCAACGACAACAACCUGAGCCGCAUCCCCCCCGACAUCUCCAAUCUGUCCCACCUGGUGUUCCUGAACCUGUCGUCCAACAAGCUCCGCAGUCUGCCCGCUGAGCUGGGCAACAUGGUCUCUCUCAGGGAAUUGCUUUUGAACAACAAUCUUUUACGAGUUCUGCCUUAUGAACUCGGGAGGCUUUUCCAGUUACAAACCUUGGGGCUAAAAGGAAACCCUUUGUCCCAAGACAUCCUCAAUCUGUACCAGGAGUCGGACGGAACCAGGAAGCUUUUGAACUACAUGCUCGACAAUCUAGCAGUGCACCCAGAGCAGCUCCCACAAAGACCGUGGAUCACUCUGAAAGAGCGGGACCAGGUGAGCCCCUCAGCUGCGUUCACGGUCAUGUGCUACAACGUUCUGUGCGACAAGUACGCCACCCGACAGCUGUACGGCUACUGUCCCUCCUGGGCCCUCAACUGGGAGUACCGAAAGAAAGGCAUCAUGGAGGAAAUCACCAGCUGCGACGCUGACAUCAUCAGCCUGCAGGAGGUGGAGACAGAGCAGUACUACACCAUGUUCCUGGAAACACUAAAGGAGCGCGGCUACGAUGGAUACUUCUGCCCGAAGUCUCGUGCCAAACUGGUUUCUGAACAGGAGCGGAAACACGUGGACGGCUGCGCUGUGUUCUAUAAGACCGAGAAGUUUACUUUGCUCGAGAAACACACUGUGGAGUUCAACCAGGUGGCCAUGGCCAACUCUGAGGGCUCCGAGGUCAUGCUGAACCGCGUGAUGACCAAAGACAACAUCGGGGUGGCCGUCCUGCUCGAGGUCAACAAGGACAUGUUCUCCGAUGGGACCCGGGAAACAUGGUGCGCAGUAAGCCCCAUACAGGGCUGGAGGACUCUCCCCACUAUCGUACAUGCACACUCUACACGAGGCGUGAAGGUGCCACAGGAGAGGCAGCUGAUCCUGGUGGCCAACGCCCACAUGCACUGGGACCCCGAGUACUCGGACGUCAAGUUGAUCCAAACCAUGAUGUUCCUGUCGGAGCUGAAGAGCAUCGCUGAAAGGGCUUCGAGCUCCAUGGCGACCGGUUCGCCCGCCUCCGACCCGUCCUCCAUCCCCAUCGUCCUGUGUGCUGACCUCAACUCGCUGCCCGACUCCGGUGUGGUGGAAUUCCUGAGCAACGGAGGAGUGGCCGACAACCACAAGGACUUCAAGGAGCUACGCUACAAUGAAUGUCUGACCAACUUCAACUGCAACGGCAAGAACGGCAACUCAGACGGAAGCAUCACACACAGCUUCCAGCUGAAGAGCGCCUACGACAGCAAUCUGAUGCCUUACACCAACUACACAUAUGACUUUAAGGGUGUGAUCGACUACAUCUUCUUCUCAAAGACCCACAUGAGUGUCCUAGGCCUGAUGGGGCCUCUGGACAGCCAGUGGCUCGUCGACAACAGCAUCACCGGCUGCCCCCACCCCCACAUCCCCUCGGACCACUUCUCCCUGCUGGCCCAGCUGGAGCUGCACCCCCCCCUGCACCACCCGCUCACCCCCCUCAACGGGCUGCACCUGCCGGUUCACAGGUAGUGCUGCCUGAGAGAGCCUCCCCUUCAGAACACUGCCCCCCUCCCCCUUCUGUACAGAUUACUGCUGAUGUUAAAACUCUGACACCAUCCGACCCGAGACACACUUCUAAAGGAGUGAAGUAUUUGCCCGUUUGUUGCUCCUCUUUGUGUUUUUGCACACUGUAAAUGUUUGUUUUAUCUCAUGUUCUCCUCUUGGAAAGGCUUCAUACCAAAUGUUGGGCUUGGGAUGAGGUUGCUAUGGUAAACCCCAAUGUCAAUUGUUUUUUUUGCCUUAUAUAAUACCUGCUUGUAGAUUCUGCUCCUACAACAAGAACCCUUUAACUUAAACUACCCACUUUUUAAAGAAGCACUCAACAAAUGUCAACAGAUUUGACAUUUGACAGAAGUUUUUAGAGUAAAAAGACAACAUAUUACUAAUGCUGCACCACACGUAUGAUGUGUGGAAGUCACAGUAUAUAGAACGAGAACCUGCGAUCACUCCUUAAUAAACUGACAUGUUUUUUAACAGAAAGAGAAACACUAUAAACUGAAAGUUGUAAAUGUUUACAAGGAGGUGAAAGCUUUGUUUACAGCAGCCGUUUUUGUAAACAGAGGUCUAUAUAUUUUUUAAUGUGAUCAGCAGAGAAAUGCCAAAAUACUUAUUUCAAUAAAAUGUGGAGAAAAUUAAAAUGUACAAUGUUAACAAGUACUGAUUGGACAUUUUUAAAGUACUAUGGUGCUAUGUGAAUGCAUCUUAGUUUCUACAUUCACUUCUAUGAUUUUUUUUCCUUCUAUAAUACUUGAACCUCCCUUUUAUCAUUGCUAAAUAUUAUAGUCGCAGAGGUAUUAUUUGAAAACAGUGAGUUCCUUGCAGCAUGAUGAAGUAAUACAAUUUGUUCAGUCAAAGUUAGAGCUCAAAUCCCAAAUAAUUAUAAACAUUGCAAACAAAUUAGCCCCCUACUCUUUAACAAAAAUUGUUUAAGACAUUACAUAUAUUUAAACACAAUCCUGACCAACAAUAUACUUCAUUCAAACACUUACUGUCUUAAAAGAGUCCCAUAUCCCCUCACCUGACUGGUUAAAGAUUCCCCCUAAAAUUAGUGACUUAUGCUCUUUCCACAAAGAGAAACAUUUAUUUCAUUGUGCAAGAGAAAGAAAAAAAAACUUCCUGAGAAGGAUCUUCCAAUUAUUCCUGACCGGGAGCCGAAUGUAUUUCCCAGAAGAUCACCAUGAGAUUGGUUGUUGCCAGAUUCCUGUUGACGUUGUGUUUCUGUCAGAUUAUUAGAACUACUAGCCCUUUUAUGUAAAUUGUAACUCAGGGCUAUGCUAUGCAUCCAACAUUACCUCUCAAACUGAACACUCAGAGUCCUGUCAUAAGAGCAAAACCAAACAGGAAGCUAUUGGUUUGAAAUAGUUUAUAAAGCACAGGUAAUAUAUGUACUUGCAUACAUAUAUGUUGUCAAAAAAAAUCUCACACUGCUGCUGCAUUUUCUCAAGUUUUUAAAAAUCAUAACUUGAGUUUUCACAAGGUGCAAAAAAAAAAUUCAGAUAAAUACGUUUUAUUGAAUGUGAGAUGAUGGGAUAAAGAUAGCAAGGGUAGGACUGGGUAUCAAUACUGAUGCAGUAACUGAUUUUCAGUACCAAUACAAGAAUUACUUCAAUAUUUGAAGUAAUUCCCAAAUGUUGAGUGUUGACUGGUGACAUGAGGUAAUUAGGGUUAGGGCAGGGCAGCAAACAAAAACAAUCUUUCUUUUUCACUUUAUUUAAUUUCUUCCUGCACAAUUGGAGUAAGAUGCUUCUGCAAUCUAAGCAGACAAGCACUUUGAUUGAGACAUGCAGCAGGUGGCAGCACAGGGACAUGCAGGGCCUUGUAUUAGACGAACACCAGCAGAAAAUGUUGGGACCAUUGAUCUCAACACAAUCAGACAAACCCUAAAUAAAACUCAAGUCUUUUGAUUUAAAUCAGCAAUAAUUUGACUAAAGAAUUGGUAAAAGUUAACAAUUCUGGUCAGACAUUUGAUGCCAGCUUUCAUUGAUUAACAUCUCUCGAUAUCGAUUGAUACAAAAGGAAGUAUUGAGGUUUGAUACCCAGCCCUACCCAUGCAGAAGGACUGAUCUCACACCGAGGUGUCCUUUAAACUGUGAUGUUUUGAAAUGGAAUUAGUUAAAUAAGUCAAAAGAAUUUGCUCAUUUUGGGAUAAAUUAUGUAACCUAAGCUUUAUAGCGCAGACAGAUGAGUUCACCCGGCGUGGACGGGCAGUAUCAGCUUUGCUUCAUUUGCACAUGAUUUGAUGCUCACGCUUAAGGAUACUCCUAUACUUGUGAGCAUUUCGAGGCCUAUACUUCACUCCUAAAUUCAACUGAUCUUUUCUGAUUUUGUACAACAGCUGUUCAUAAAUGAAAUUGCAUUUCAUUACGGGUGUCUUUCACAUCUGUUAAGGUAAUGUACCCUUCUCAGAUUAAGGGGCACACAAAUCAAAGAUGUACCUGGUGUUAAACCUUUUUUUUCUUUGCUCGGUGUACUUGUGUGAAUACCACCUCCAUACUGUGGAGACAACACUGGUCUUUGUCAAACUUUGUUUUUAAACUACGGGCAUUUUUUGUCUCAAACAAACAUGCAGUCUCUCAAUUGGUACUUUGUACAACUCAGUAUUACCACGUUUUUGAGAAAAAAAGAUAAAUGUUCUAGGUUUUAAAAGCA